UUCUUGUCGGAAACCGGAAGUUCAGGUUUCAAGGAAAAGACUAACUCGAAAAUGGCUAGAGACAGGCAGCUGUCAUCUCUUUUCAGCUACCCUCACCAAGGCGUGUGCAAAAUAUUCCUACUUUUGUGCUUGCUGCAGUUUUCUUCUGUGUGCUCUGACAUAACAGACGGCAACGCUGAGCACUUAAAGCGGGAGCAUUCACUCAUAAAGCCGUAUCAAGGUGUUGGAACAAGUGCUUCAAGUCAAUGGGAUUUUUGGGGGAGUACUUUAGUUACAAGCCAGUAUGUACGCCUGACACCUGACGAACGGAGCAGGCAAGGAUCCAUCUGGAACACAGUGCCCUGUUACUUGAAAGACUGGGAAAUGCAUGUGCAAUUUAAAGUUCACGGAUCGGGGAAGAAGAAUCUCCAUGGAGAUGGCAUUGCCAUUUGGUACACAAAAGAGCGAUUACAUCCUGGACCAGUCUUUGGAAACCAGGACCACUUUGUAGGCCUGGCUGUUUUUAUGGAUACUUUCCGCAAUGACCUCCACGGCAUGGAUCGUUCCUUUCCCUACAUUUCUGCAAUGGUGAGUAAUGGCUCGCUGUCCUACGAUCAUGGAAACGACGGCCGCAAUACAGAACUGGGGGGCUGCUCGGCCGAAAUCAGAAACAAAGACCACGACACAUAUCUUGCUAUCCGAUACUCCAAAGGCAGACUCACAAUUAUGGUUGAUGUCGAUGACAAGAAUGAGUGGAAAGAGUGUAUCGACAUCGGAGGCGUCCGCCUUCCUACCGGUUACUAUUUUGGAGCAUCCGCAGCCACAGGCGAUCUUUCUGACAACCAUGAUAUCAUCUCUAUGAAAAUGUACCAGCUGAUGGUAGAACAUACUCCUGAGGAGGACAGUCAAGACUGGACUAAGAUUGAGCCUAGUGUCAGUUUGCUCAAAUCUCCCAAAGACAAUGUUGACGAUCCAACUGGCAACUUCCGGAGUACACCUCUUACCGGCUGGAAAGUCUUCCUCCUUCUCUUGUGUGCUCUUCUCGGGAUUGUUGUUUGUGCUGUUGUGGGAGCAGUGGUCUUUCAGAAGCGGCAAGAGAGGAACAGGAGGUUUUACUAGACAUCUGUCUAAACAGGACAAUUUUAUGAACUCAUAAGAAUGUGGAUGGGAAAGGUUAAUGUGAAUUUUUUUUUUUUUUAGCAUUUGGACAAAUGUCAAAAUAUUGAAAUGAACAAUUAAAUAAAAAAGGGGGGUGAUGGGUA